AUGCAAUACAAAUUCACUUUCGAUUUGAGUCCAUUUUUGUCCAACUUUUCGUCGUUAUCUUACCAACCUUUCUAAGGACUUGAAAAUCGUUAUCUGCAAAUGUUUUUGUCUAAUUUUAAAGGCAGUGUUUAACAGUUCAACGGUACGAAUGUAUUCCAUGCAAUUUUCCAAAUGGAUAUACUUCCUCGUCGUAAUAAUUGUGUUUAUAUUAUUUUGUUUGGUCAAAAUUUAUCGUGUUUUCCCAUGGAGAAAGGGUAGUUCCCGUCAACAUCCGAUUAAAGAUUUCUACUUGGAAUGGAAUGACUAUAUAAGCGAGGGUGUAGUAUACUAUAAGGAAAUUAUUCCUGAAGGUUACGCCAAACUUGAUGUACUAUUGCUGCAUGGUAUGAGCUUUAGCUCAAGAAACUGGGUUGAGUUAAAUACUAUGAAUAUUUUGGCGUCGCAUGGCUAUCAUGUUAUUGCAUUGGAUUUGCCUGGUUACGGUAAAUCUUUACAUAAACUUGAUACAAGUGAUUCAAGUAGAGUGGUAUUUUUAGAACAGUUCAUUAAGAAGACAAGACUUGUUUCACCUGUAAUUGUUUCACCUUCAAUGAGUGGUGUCUAUAGUUUGACUUAUCUUGCUGCAUCAAAAGCAUCAAGAGCAUUCGUUGCUAUCGCAGUGGUGGGUACAGAAAAAAUUCCUGUGGGAGAUUUUCAAAAUUUCCCACCAACUUUGAUUGUUCAAGGGUCAAGGGAUAAAAAUCUUGGUGUGACAUCAACAAGCAUACUGAGCAAGAAUGUACCACAUAAUUCUGUUCAAGUUAUCCAAGAUGCUGGCCAUGCAUGUUACAUGAACAAACCAGAUGAAUUUCAUACUAUGUUGUUAAAAUUUUUGAACAAUAUUGCAAAAUCUGAGUCUGGUUAGGCAUAGAAGAUGUUUGUUUAAAAAGUAAAUUAAUAUAAUUUUUUACUUAAAGUAGUAAUCAUAUGGUGCAAUAACCAGGGAUCAGCAGAUAGGUUUCAUUCAGUAGUGUAGACAAACACUUUUUACAUAUUGAUUGAAUCACUAUAUCUCUUAAAAUAUUCUGUUCUGUAAGAUUAUUUGUUACUAUCUCAUUUCACUUUAUUUCUAAAUGAAUAAGAGAUUGAGACACUAGGAAACCAAAUAGGUAUAUAUUUAAACCUUUUUACACACUUUUAACAGUUGAUGCAUUAACUUUUCUUUGGUCAUUGAAGAAGUAGCCAUAUUAUUCCAUGUCUUUCAAAUUUAGUAAUCUGCACCUCACUGAGAAGUGCAUCCAAAUAUUUAAUACACCACUUUUGUUUGAAUCAUUCGAGACUUGUUUUACUUCUUGUGGUGGCUUGCGAAACCAAACUUUGCUCUCUUGAGGUAAUAAAACUUACCGACUCAAAUACCUGGUGGCAACUGGGGCAGCAAGGAAUUAGUUAAUAAUUGCAACUUAUU